AUGAGUUAUAAUUUAUCGAGCUUCUUCAAUGAUCUUUCCAAUGGGCUGUUUAUCAAUUUAUCAUUGGAUCUAGCGGUUAAUGGGAGAAUAGUUUCACAAUUACAGAGUGAAUUGCAAAAUUAUUCAAAUGGUAAUGCAAUUAAUGACAAAUCUUUAGAGAGUUUAGUAGAAUCACAGAGUUUCCAAUUUUAUAAAUCUGGGAAAUCUGAGUGGACAAGAUUUAAUAUAAUGGUAGUUUCAUUUUUGAGAUAUUGUCGGGAUGUCAAUCCAUGGUCCUUAUCCGAAAGUUAUGAUUUAAUUUUUCAGUUUUAUUCUGAUCUUAACAACUGUUUAUUAAAUGAUAACUAUCCAAUAGAUCCUUUAGUUCCGAUAUAUCAAGCUGCCACCGAAUAUAUCAUUCCAGUAGCGUCAAAGCUGGACGAUCAUUAUAUGGUGUUACAUACUAGAAAGCAUCAAUUCUUAUCGCAUUGUUCGUCGAUUAUAUCAAAAUUGUUUAAUAGUAUUAAACCUUCAAGAAGCAUAGAUGGUGAAACUAUAAUGUCAGAACCUAGUUUUGACCAAUUACCUGGGAAACAGAAAAUACUAUUAUAUCUGGUGAACAAAUUGAACAAUAUUUACUUCAAGAUUGGUUCACCUCAACUUUGUUCAAAUAUUUUCAAAAAUUUUAAACCUAAGAGUAUGGUAACUAUAUUUAGUGAAUUCCCAGUAAAAGAACAAGUGGAAUAUAGAUACUUAUUGGGGAGAUACUACAUCUUGAACAAUAAGAUUGUGGACGCAUUCAUUCAAUUGAACAAUGCAUUUUUAAUGUUAUCAUCAGUAGCAGAUGUAUUAAAUAUAAAAAUCGAAAAUUCCUCGCCUUUAAAGAGAAACAUUAAUCGUAUAUUGAAAUACUUGGUUCCUGUUGGAUUAAUGAUGAAUAAAUUACCAAAAUUCUGGAUAGUAUCAAAGAUUGAUGUAAAUUUAGCAAAUAAAUAUAAAGAACUAAGUGAUUGUGUUAGAACUGGUAAUAUAAAGGGAUUAAACGGCUGGUUAAAGUUGUAUGAAGCAGAGUUACGUAAAGAUCAUUUAUUACUGAUAUUAAUUGAAAAACUUCCAAUGUUAACGUAUAGGUAUUUAAUAAGAAAAGUAGUAUUAGAGUAUACUAUGCCUUUAUCAGGGUUUAAAGUCCCCGUAUUCAGUAUUAGAAUCGGCAUUAAAAUUAUCUAUAGGUGA